AUGUCCCCCAUAGUAACUUAUAACUCGCUAACGGCUUGUGUUAGUGAGAUCGAGCUGUGCAGCGUCAAUUUCCCACUAGACCGCUACCGUUACGACGCAUAUGACUUCCUGCCGAGCUUUGAAGACGGCCUCAGAAGGAUAGGCAAACGGGACACUAUCUUGUCAGCGUUCGACUCUGUAAAGCCGGUUUUCGCGGAGUACAACAAGUGGGACGACUACGGAAUUGCCCUGCUCUACAAGGAUUUCGACAUGCUCCCUGACGAGCGCUUGAUAGAGUGCGGCGGCACAUCGGUGCCCUGGCGCGGCCAGCUGCCUCCAAGACUCGAACAGCGCCUCGUGCCCCGCUGCAUACGCUUUUGGGAAGGGACGACGUUGCCGUAUACCUUCACAUUCCGGAACGAGAAGACCGAGCCGGCUCGCGAUUUGAUAUUCGAACGGGAAGCCCUUUCUCGAUUAGGCGGUCUCGGACUAGUACGGCUAGAUCGUCAUGCGUCUCGCGAAUGGAGAGGCGACGUAGAGACUGAGUACGUUAACGGGAGGGCUACCGUCACCCUCUCAACUGGAUUGACGGGCCUGGUGGCUGAAGACAAGAAGGUUGUACCGAUCGCGUGGGAAUUUCGUAGGCAACAGGAAGGCGCGAGCGAGCGCUACCGCAUCAAGGUUACACGAUAUCGUUUGCGCCCAGAAGAGGACGCAUACGACGCGAGACAGUUGCUUUCCGAGGACACCGCGUCAUCCGGCAGUUGUUAUACUGGGGCGGAUUUGUCUGCAAUCGGUGAUCCAGCGAACAGCACUUGUCUGCAUCAAGAUCUCAUAAUGCCUGGCUCGGCAUAUGUGCCGCCAACAUCGAUGAUGAUCGACCUUGAUGGACCGCCGAGUGGUUGUGGCAGCACCCACGCUGAAGCCGUCGGCGCUCCGGAUCAGACCAAUGGCUUGCGCGGCAUAGCCGCUGCGCUCUGGUAG